UGGCAGGGGAUCGACAGCAGUGUAGUUGUGGCUUCUCAAACCAGAACUGAACUACAAGAGUGAAACGAGGAGUCAGAGGCCGAGGUCCAAGUUGCUGCUUUCACAAGUCUUCUCCUCAGACGGUGAAUGAUGGGGACUCAAGGUGGCGCUGUGAACUCUGGCCCUGCUGGGUCACAACCCCCUGCCCGGCCCCGGGGCCCCUUCAACAGCAUCAAGUUCUUCGUGUUCUGUCACAGUUUGCUGCAGCUGGCGCAGCUGCUGGUGUCCGGCUACAUGAAGAGCUCCAUCUCCACCAUCGAGCGGCGCUACGGCCUCACUAGCCAGAAGUCCGGGAUCCUCGCCGCCUUCAACGAGGUGGGCAACACCCUCCUUAUCGUCUUUGUCAGUUUCUUUGGAAGUCGCGUCCACCGGCCACGGUACAUCGGAGGCGGAGCUCUCCUGGCGUGUCUGGCCUCGCUGAUGAUGGCAAUGCCACACUUCCUGAGUGGGCAGUACAGCUACACGGACCGCAUCAGCUCCUCCAGCCACAACAGCUCAGGCCUCUGCCAGUCGAGGACCACCUUGUCCUCCAACCAGACCUGCCAAGAACAGGAGAGCCGCGCCCAGCAGGUGGUCUACCCUCUGCUGCUUCUGGGUCAGCUGCUGCUGGGCAUCGGAGCAGUUCCCAUCCAGCCCUUCGGCAUCUCAUACAUCGACGACUACGCUAGCAAGAAGAACUCGCCGCUGUACCUCGGAAUCCUCCUCGCCGUGACCUCCAUCGGACCGGCCUUCGGCUUCGUGACCGGGUCUUUCAUGCUGCGCUACUAUGUCGACUUCGACAAGUUGUCUAAAGAGGAGAUCAAGCUGGACUCCAAAGACCUGCGCUGGGUGGGAGCCUGGUGGCUAGGCUUCCUGGUGGCGGCCUGCCUCCUCUUCCUCACUGCGCUGCCGUACCUGUUCUUCCCCAGAGUAAUGCCCAAAGAGAACGGCGAAGAGGAUGAGGAGUCCAGACCGGAGAUUAAGCAUCAGCAGACGAGUCCGGAGCAGGAAGUGUCCCUCCUCCACUUCCUCAAAAGCUUUCCUCGGAUAGCCCUGCGGACGCUGCGGAGUCCCAUCUACCUGCUGGUGGUUCUGGCCCAGGUGAACCUGGCGGCGCUGUUGUCCGGUCUGGCCACCUUCAUGGCCAAGUUCAUCGAGAGACAGUUCAGCCAGACGGUCUCCUUCUCCACCAUGUUGAUAGGAGGAGUUGUGAUCCCGCUGGCGGUGCUGGGCAUUGUUCUGGGCGGAGCUUUGAUGCGGCGGUUCAGGCUGUCGGUGUACAGCGCCAGUAAACUGUGCACGACAGCGAUCCUGCUGUGCAUAUUCUCGGCUCUGCCGCUGAUCUUCAUCGGCUGCCCCACUCAGAAGGUGGCUGGCAUCUUUCCCCGCAGCUCUGAUCCAAUGUCGUGCAGUUCUGGCUGUCACUGUCCACCGGAGGCGUUCAACCCGGUUUGUGGCGCAGACGGCGUGGAGUUCAGGUCUCCCUGCCACGCUGGCUGUGUCUUCAAUGAAACAGACUCCUAUGGCAAAGUCACAAACUACACCAACUGUCGGUGCGUCGGCGAUCAUGGGUUCGCCCGGCCCGGGACCUGCGGUAGUGGAUGUGCUCACCUCCUGCUGCCCUUCAUGGUUCUGCUGGGUCUCACCAGCUUCAUCGCCUCCUUCUCUCAGACACCGUCCUACAUGAUGAUCCUCAGGACGGUGCCCAAUGAAGACAAGUCUUUUGCGGUGGGAGUUCAGUACAUGCUGUUCCGAGUCCUGGCGUUCAUGCCCGGUCCGGUGCUGUACGGCAGCGCCAUCGACACCACCUGCAUCCUGUGGGGCAAAAAGUGCGGCAAGACGACUUCCUGUCACUACUACAACCUGGAUCUCUUCAGACGGAGGUUUCUUGGUCUGCAGGUCGUCUUCGUGUGCGGGGCGCUGCUCUGCUUCCUGCUGUCCGCCGUCGUCCUGCGCCGGCGAGCCGGAACCCAGGAGCUGAAGCCGCAAACCAAAAGUGGCUACGAGUUGGUCGGGGACCAUAAAACACCAGAGGUACUUUCUACCAAAGAAAAAGAGCUCAACGGCCUUAAAACCUGAAGAGACGCAGCUGGAAGUAGCACGGAUAGAAGGACUCUGCAGAGAACGUCCAGAUCUCAAAGGAAGAUGGAAGUCUCCACCUGAGACAUCAGCUUCUCCACACAUUUGGGCCUCCAUAGUGAGGUCCACAUUUACUUUGAUUGUACAGCUAUAUUUACUUCAAUAAGCUUUUAUUACCAGCUCUCUUUAUACAAACAUUAUUUACUGGGACCAAUCUGAUGAUUCAGUUUUCACGUUUAGUUCCUUAUCUGUCCCGAUGCAACACCUGAUUCACAGACCUACAAAAGUGUCCUUUUGUAGGUUUAUUUUUUUAAACGUGGACACAAAACCAACCCCACAAAGUGAAAAAAGAGAGCUCAGCAACAUAUUUGAGUUAACAGAUGAAUAAGCUUCAAGUGAAACUAGGAUUUGCUCCGAUGGGAACCUGCGAUUGCUCAAGUUGCUUCAGGAGGAAGAUCAGGACGCUGCUACACUGCUGGGGUGAACAUUUUAUCAUGGAGGUCACUGGGGAUGAACUUACUGUUGUCUGGAUCCGGGCCCUCGUGGUACAGUACAGUAUGUACUGUAGAGGAACCUCAACCUUGAUGGUUUCAACUUUGAAACUUUGGAGGUAAUUUGAUGAUGUGCUCUCAGGAUGGAUUUAAUCCCAGGUAGAUUGUCUUCCUGAACCAACAAAUGAGACAAAAACACCAAGAAAUGGUACCAUCAUAUCAAAGAUGUGAACUGUGAGGAGUUCUACCUCAACAUUGACACCAGAACUAAGUUUUUAAAUCACAUGAUUUCUACAGUGAGAUUGUUCUUAAUAAUGGGUUUGGGGGUUUGUAUAUGAACUUUAGAGGUGUUUUGUGAGCUUGUAUAACUUUGAUUAAAUAAUGUGAAAAAAGUGUAAAUGAAA